GUAGUACGCAGCGGCAGAACAACAAUAGAAAGCGGAGCCGAGGAAGAGGAGGAAGAGGAGGAGGAGCACCAGGACCAGCAGCACUUUCUGGCAGCGGAAGGACACCGAGGAUCCUGCGGGAAGAUAUGAGACGGUGGAUCGGACUAGGAAGCGUUCAUAAGUCCGUGAUGGAACCUGGGAGAACCCGGGUGUGAUCGGAACCGGAGCUGAGCGUGUUUUCGUUGCGAGGAAGCGGCCGCAGCCAUGAUGGGAAUGCUGGGAAUCCUCCGCUGAGGAUCCGCGGCGGCUGGGCCCAGGAUCGGGAGAAAGAUGAGAAUGUGUGUUCGGAUCCUGCUGUUGUUUGGUUCCUGCUGGCUGAUCUCAGGCGAGCCGCUGCUGCUCUACGCUAACCGGCGGGACCUGCGGAUGGUGGACGCGGCGCACGAGAAGGCCAACGCCACGGUGGUGGUGGGCGGGCUGGAGGACGCCGCCGCCGUGGACUACGUCUACGCCCAGGGCCUCAUCUACUGGAGCGACGUCAGCGAGGAGGCCAUCAAACGGACCUUCUUCAACCGGUCCGGCGCCAGCCAGGCCCAGACCGUGGUGCCGGGCCUGGCGGCGCCGGACGGGCUGGCGUGCGACUGGCUGGGGAAGAAGCUCUACUGGACCGACUCGGACACCAACCGGAUCGAGGUGGCCGAGCUGGACGGGUCUCUGAGGAAGGUUCUGUUCUGGCAGGAGCUGGACCAGCCCAGAGCCAUCGCCCUGGAUCCAGAACGAGGGUUCAUGUACUGGACCGACUGGGGCGAGGUUCCGAAGAUCGAGCGGGCCGGGAUGGACGGAACCAACCGCUCGGUGAUGGUGGACCAGAACAUCCACUGGCCCAACGGGCUGACGGUGGACUACGGCCAGCAGAAGCUCUACUGGGCCGACGCCAAGCACAACUUCAUCCACCGCUCGGACCUGGACGGCUCCUCCAGAGAGGUGGUGGUGAAAGGGGAGCUGCCUCACCCCUUCGCCCUGACGCUGUACGAGGACACGCUGUUCUGGACCGACUGGAACACCCACUCCAUCCACUCCUGCAGGAAGCAGACGGGUCGGGACCAGAAGGUGGUCCACUCCCACAUCUUCUCCCCCAUGGACCUCCACGUCUUCAGCCCCAAGAGGCAGCCUGUCUCGAGAACGACGCCCUGCUCCCAGAACAACGGAGGAUGUUCCCACCUCUGCCUGCUGGCGCCCACCAGGCCGUUCUACCGCUGCGCCUGUCCCACCGGAGUCCAGCUGCUGGAGGACGAGAGAACCUGCAGAGACGGUGCGACUGAGAUGCUGCUGCUGGCCCGACGCACCGACCUGCGGCAGAUCUCUCUGGACACGCCCGACUUCACUGACGUCAUCCUGCAGGUGGACGACAUCCGGCACGCCAUCGCCAUCGACUACGACCCGGUGGAGGGCUACGUGUACUGGACGGACGACGACGUGCAGGCCAUCCGCCGCUCGCUGCUGGACGGCAGCGACGCCCAGUUCAUCGUCACCUCUCAGGUGAACCACCCCGACGGCAUUGCUGUCGACUGGAUCGCCCGGAACCUCUACUGGACCGACACGGGAACGGACCGCAUCGAAGUGACCCGGCUCAACGGCACCAUGAGGAAGAUCCUGAUUUCCGAGGACCUGGAUGAGCCCAGAGCGAUUGUUCUGGACCCUGUGGCCGGCUACAUGUACUGGACCGACUGGGGCGAGGUGCCGAAGAUUGAGCGGGCCGACCUGGACGGGCUGGAGCGGGUGGUGAUGGUGAACACUUCCCUGGGCUGGCCCAACGGCCUGGCGCUCGACUACGACGAGCGUAAAAUCUACUGGGGCGACGCCAAGACGGACAUGAUCGAGGUGAUGAACAUGAACGGGUCGGGCCGGCGGGUUCUGGUGGAGGACAAGCUGCCCCACAUCUUCGGCUUCAGCCUGCUGGGCGACUUCAUCUACUGGACGGACUGGCAGCGCCGCAGCAUCGAGCGCGUCCACAAGCGCACCGCCGAGAGGGAGUUCAUCAUCGACCAGCUGCCCGACCUCAUGGGCCUGAAGGCCACACAGGUGCACCGGGCCUCAGGCACCAACCCGUGCGCGGACAGCAACGGCGGCUGCAGCCACCUGUGCCUGCACACGCCGCAGGGCGUGCGGUGCGGCUGCCCCAACGGGCUGGAGCUGGUGGCGGACCUGCACACCUGCAUCGUACCUGAGGCCUUCCUGCUGUUUUCCCGCCACACCGACAUCCGCCGCAUCUCCCUGGAGACCAACAACAACAACGUGGCCAUCCCGCUCACCGGCGUCAAGGAGGCCUCCGCCCUCGACUUCGACGUCACCGACAACCGCAUCUACUGGACCGACAUCACGCUGAAGACCAUCAGCCGGGCCUUCAUGAACGGCAGCGCUCUGGAGCACGUGGUCCAGUUCGGCUUGGAUUACCCAGAAGGCAUGGCGGUGGACUGGCUGGGGAAGAACCUGUACUGGGCCGACACCGGUACCAACCGCAUCGAAGUGGCCAAGCUGGACGGGCAGCACCGGCAGGUUCUGGUCUGGAAGGACCUGGACAGUCCCCGCGCUCUGGCUCUGGACCCGGCCGAGGGGUACAUGUACUGGACCGAGUGGGGCGGGAAGCCCAAGAUCGACCGGGCGGCGAUGGACGGGUCGGACCGGAUCACGCUGGUGUCGGACGUGGGCCGGGCCAACGGGCUCACCAUCGACUACGCGGAGCGGAGGCUCUACUGGGCCGACCUGGACACCACGCUGAUCGAGUCGUCCAACAUGCUGGGUGAGGAACGGGAGGUGAUAGCCGACGACCUGCCCCACCCGUUCGGACUGACCCAGUACCAGGACUACAUCUACUGGACGGACUGGAGCCACCGCAGCAUCGAGCGGGCCAACAAGAGCAGCGGGCAGAACCGGACCCUGAUCCAGGGCCACCUGGACUACGUGAUGGACAUCCUGGUGUUCCACUCGUCCCGGCAGGCCGGCUGGAACGCCUGCGCCGCCACCAACGGCCACUGCUCCCACCUGUGCCUCGCCGUGCCCAGCAGCUUCGUCUGCGGAUGCCCCGCCCACUUCUCCCUCAACUACGACAACAAGACCUGCAGCGCUCCGACCUCCUUCCUGCUCUUCAGCCAGAAGGCGGCCAUCAACCGGAUGGUGAUCGACGAGCAGCAGAGCCCGGACAUCGUGCUGCCCGUCCAGAACCUGAAGAACGUCCGGGCCAUCGACUACGACCCGCUGGACAAGCAGCUCUACUGGAUCGACUCCAAGCAGAGCGUCAUCCGCCGGGCCCAGGAGGACGGCAACCAGAGCGUGACGGUGGUGUCCAGCUCGAUGCUGGGACCCGGACCGGGCCUGCAGCUCUACGAUCUGAGCAUCGACGUCUACAGCCGCUUCAUCUACUGGACCAGCGAGGUGACCAACGUCAUCAACGUGACCCGCACCGACGGAACCAGGGUGGGCGUGGUUCUGCGGGGCGAGUCGGACCGACCCCGGGCCAUCGUGGUGAACCCGGAGCGAGGGUACAUGUACUUCACCAACCUGCAGGAGCGCUGCCCCAAGAUCGAGCGGGCGGCGCUGGACGGAACCGAGCGGGAGGUUCUGUUCUUCAGCGGGCUGGGCAAACCCGUGGCGCUGGCCGUGGACAACCAGGCCGGCAAGCUGUUCUGGGUCGACUCGGACCUGCGGCGCAUCGAGAGCAGCGACCUGUCUGGAGCCAACCGGGUGGUGAUGGCGGACUCCAACAUCCUGCAGCCGGUGGGCCUGACGGUGUUCGGCGAUCACCUGUACUGGAUCGACAAGCAGCAGCAGAUGAUCGAGCGCGUGGACAAGACGACGCGGGAGGGCCGCACCAAGGUGCAGGCGCGGGUCGCCUACCUGAGCGACAUCCACGCCGUGCACGAGCUGGACCUCGCCGCCUACCGGAACCACCCGUGCACGCGGGACAACGGCGGCUGCUCCCACAUCUGCAUCGUGAAGGGAGACGGAACCACGCGCUGCUCCUGCCCCGUCCACCUGGUGCUGCUGUCUGACGAGCUCACCUGUGGAGAACCGCCCACCUGCUCCCCGGACCACUUCUCCUGCGUGUCCGGCGAGGUGGACUGCAUCCCGAACUCGUGGCGCUGCGACGGCUACGCCGAGUGCGACGACAGCAGCGACGAGGAGGACUGCCCCGUCUGCUCCGAGUCCGAGUUCCAGUGCGACAGCCGGCAGUGCGUGGCGCUGGGCCUGCGCUGCAACGGCGAGGUCGACUGCCAGGACGGCUCCGACGAGAGCAAGUGUGAAGUGCGGUGUCCGGCGGACCAGUUCUCCUGCUCUGACGGCCGCUGCAUCGGGAAGCACAAGAAGUGCGACCACAACAUGGACUGCAGCGACAACUCCGACGAGAUCGGCUGCUAUAAUACGGCGGAGCCGCCGCUGGCCAACAACAGCACCAUCAGCUCCAUCGUGGCGGUGGUGAUGGCGCUCUUCGUGGUGGGCGCCAUCUACUUCGUGUGUCAGCGGGUUCUCUGCCCCCACAUGAAGGACGACGGAGAGACCGUCACCAACGACUUCGUGGUCCACGGCCAGCCGCCGGUACCGCUGGGAUACGUGCCGCACCCCGGAUCGCUGUCCAGCUCGCUGCCAGGCAUGUCCAGAGGGAAGUCUGUGAUUGGCUCCCUGAGCAUCAUGGGCGGCGGCAGCGGCCCGCUCUACGACCGCGCUCACGUCACCGGCGCCUCGUCCAGCAGCUCGUCCAGCACCAAGGGCACCUACUUCCCUCCGAUCCUGAACCCUCCGCCGUCGCCCGCCACCGUGCGCUCCCAGUACACCCUGGAGUUCGGCUACUCCUCCAACAGUCCCUCCACGCACCGCUCCUACAGCUACCGGCCCUACACCUACCGCCACUUUGCCCCGCCCACCACGCCCUGCAGCACCGACGUGUGCGACAGCGACUACACGCCGGGCCGCCGGCCGCUCAAGGCCGCCGCCGCCGCCGCCGCCGCCGCCAAGGGCUACACCAGCGACCUGAACUACGACUCGGAGCCUUUCCCGCCGCCGCCCACGCCCCGCAGCCAGUACCUGUCAGCGGAGGAGAACUGCGAGAGCUGCCCGCCGUCUCCGUACACGGAGCGCAGCUACUCCCACCACCUGUACCCGCCGCCGCCGUCCCCGUGCACGGACUCCUCGUGAGCGAAGCUCCGCCCCCUCACUGUAAAUAACGAUUGUUGAUACCCGAGGUGGAAAAAACGGGAAGAGACUGAAGCGAGGCGCUAAAAGGGAAGCGGAGGAAGGCGAGCUGCAGAACAUUUGUACAGAACAGAGAAAUCAUAUUUAUAUAUUUUCUAUACUGAUGAUGAUGAUGAUGAUGAUGAUGCCAUAGAGUUUGUAAUUUUUACAUUUUUAACAGAAGCUUUUAUUAAACUCGCCACAGAGAAAACGUUGCCUUAAAGCCGCAGAGACACACGGCGCCGAUCCGUCGGACUCCUCCCAUGCCAAAAACGAGCAGCAGGCCCCGCCCACCGGGACCCGGGAGCUGGCGCCGGUUCUGAGGGCGGGACGGCGUCCCGUCAGGAUGAGAGGCCGCAGGUCCGCACUGACCCGGCAGAACCUUUUUGUCCCCCUGAAGCCUCCGUACGGCGACUCCAUCCUGACGGGACCAAAUGGUCCGGCGGCUCCGCCCCCAGGAGGAAGGACCGCUCCUCGUCAUCAUCACAACUUGUGCCUGAGCAGUGCCACAACUACACGUGCUUUUAUUUUGAAAGCUCUAUAGUAUUUUUGUACCGCAUCCUGUGUAGAUACGUAUUUAUAAGCUAUAUAGAGAAUCGUUGUAAAUGUGUCAUCCACCGCCUGCAGCUCAUUCCUGCUCUUCUAGAUUUCCUCCUUCUAUUUUUCUACACAACCCACAACGCUGACAAUCUCAGAACAUAUCCUCCUUUCUACCGUCUCACCUGUCUCACCUUGCUCCUCAGAACCAGGCCCAGGAGCCCGACCCGUCUCCGGUUCCGCCAUGAGAACGACCACCAGCACCACUCCAGACAAUCUUCCUAACGGCUUUGAACAGAACCGAGGUGAACCCAGAUGGCCAUAAAAGCCCAGCUGACGGGUCCGUGUCUGUCAGCGGACCUUCAGAACCCGCCCCUACGGCCCGUAGCGUGCUGCCGGUCCGGUCUGACCCCAGCGGUUCUGAUGGGGUGAAGUCCUGCGUACGGUCAGUCGUCUUGGCCCUGCCAGGCUUCCGUACCUCAGAGGCGUCCCUCCAGGUCCUCCUGCAUAGUUUGGCCAGUACCGGGUCUCUGGCCAGUACCGGGUCUCUGGCAAGUACCGGGUCUCUGGCAAGUACCGGGUCUCUGGCCAGUACCGGGUCUCUGGACUUGCUCCACAAGGUUCUGGUUCUGCAGAACCUUGCAAAAGUAUUCACACAUUUGUUUUUGUCUGGAAUCAAAAUGAACAUAAGACAGAAUUUACAGGUUGGACCGGAAGAACCCAGUAGAACCCAGUAGAACCCGGGCCAGAAGCCGAGGGGGAGUGAAUACUUUAGCAAGGCGCUGUAGUGUAACCCCCCCCCCCCCCCGUAGAUCCUGGCCGUCCUGAGUCCAGAAGGCCUCAUCACCAGAACCCCCGUCCCGGCUCCUAGUUUCCACCGACCCGAGUCUCUGGGACUCUGUCCUGGUUCUGGUGGGGCAGGUUCUGCGGUCUGAACGGACCGGGCCUCCACAUCUCAGCGCUGCUCCUCUCUUCUGUCGCAAAGCUUCUCAUUUCUGCACUUUACAACCUUUUCUUGUCUAACUCUAGUCGGUACAAAGUGACUGAAGCUGAGGCGUCUGAGCCGGGCUCACGGACCGCUCGGCGCCGCCGCUCAGAUGUGAACAGAACCUUUUUAAGCUGAAGCACAUGGAGUCCAACCUGUGACCUGAUCUAGAGCCACUACAGAACCGUGUGAGGGAAACGAUUCGGCUGCAGUGGAAUAAAGUGUUGAUGCUGUUUGGGGUCUGAAAUGUGAAGAAGGUUCUCCGGGUCUCCAAACGUUCUCUGGUGGUUUUGGAGGAGACGCGAUGGUGAUGCCGGCUCUCCUCAGGCCUGCAGGGGGCGCUGUCAGGCAGAGCUGAAGUAGGAAGGUUAACAGGAAAAGCACUUUUAUUCUCCAGGAAUCCUUCAUCAGUUUGGAGCCCAUGCUGAGGAGGCCGGCGGGCCCCCGGGCUGCGGGCCCCUGGGCUGCGGGCCCCCGGGCUGCGGGGCCCCCGGGCUGCGGGGCCCCUGGGCUGCGGGGCCCCCGGGCUGCGGCCCUCCAGCUGCCACUAUAAGCUGUUGUUACUCAUCAGAUGCUGAUUCUGUUUUCAUUAUGUUAAAUAUAAACUGAGUGAACUUUU